AUGGUUAACCCGGGAAUCGAGCAUGAACGAGUGAAGGGCAGCAAGGGUCAAGAUGAAGGUUCUGCUUGGGCAGGGCUGGGGCUGGACGGAGCUGCAGCGAAAGUGGCAGAGGAUCACCGGGAGCUCAGGGGUCAGGAGACAGUCGCGGCUUCCUCCUCCCACUGCUUGAGGGUCGGCUUUGUACGAUUCAACGGUUCAACCCCAGCUCGACGCAGUAGACUCGUUCAGGGCGAAUACCGCAGUCCUUGCGAGCAAGAAUGCGGUGACCUAACGGGCAUCAACAUCGAGUCUGGAGUCUGGACCGUUGCUGGUGGCUACUCCGACUCCGACUCCGACAGCGAGACCAGCACCAGGACCACCACCGCCGAUUCCAACGAGGAAGCCAUCUCCCAGUCCCUGGCUGAAAUUGCCAGCGCGAUCACGACGACUGUUGACGAUGCCACCGUUCCUUCCGGCGACUACAUCACCUACUCAACCACCGUCUACCUUACUGGAAACCAUGGCACCAUACUCGGCUCCACGGCCGUGCAAGUGACUGGCACCCCCGGGGCCAAUGCGACGACUUCCGCCAACGCAACCAUGACAAGCUCAUCGGACUCGGUGACAGUGUUAGUAGGAGGGCAAACCACGAUAUCUGGCAAUUCAACGUCAAACUCGACGCAUUCCGCAACUCCAAGCCCGUCCCAGACCCCAGUCGUCAACACCCAGCCAUGCAAUGGCUACCCCGAGUUCUGUGCCCGAAAAUACUCCAACAUCACUCAAGUCGCGGCUCACAACAGCCCGUUCGUGGCCCAAGGGAACGUGGCUGCAAACCAAGCGCUGGGUGUGAAUUAUCAGCUGGACGAUGGAAUCCGAAUGCUGCAAUUUCAAACCCACCUUGUAAACGGCACGAUGCGCCUCUGUCACACUAGCUGCGAUCUGCUUGACGUAGGGACCCUCGAGGACUAUCUCACCACCGUCACCGAAUGGUUGAGACAGCAUCCCUACGAUGUUGUUACGCUUCUUAUUGGGAACUACGACUAUGCGGACCCCGGAAACUACACAGCGCCUAUUGAGAAUUCCGGACUCAUGGAUCUUGUUUUUACGCCGCCCAUGAUUCCUAUGGGUCUUGAUGACUGGCCGUCGCUCGGGAACAUCAUUCUGUCCGGCAAACGCGCUCUUGUCUUCAUGGAUUACCAGGCCAACCAGACGGCCUACCCAUGGCUGAUGGAUGAGUUCUCGCAGAUGUGGGAGACUCCAUUCUCGCCCACAGACCGCGACUUUCCCUGCACCGUGCAACGUCCGCCCGAUUUGGCCGCUGAGGACGCCCAGAAGCGGAUGUACAUGGCCAACCAUAACCUCAACAUUGAUUUCAACAUUGCUAGCCUUAGCCUGCUCAUUCCGAACACAGCCCUGCUCAACGAGACGAACGCGGAUCAUGGCUACGGCAGUGUGGGCCGAAUGGCAGAGAACUGCACCACGAAAUGGAAUCGCUCACCGAACUUUUUGCUGGUCGACUACUACAACGAAGGAAACUUCAACGGAUCAGUCUUCCAGGUUGCAGCUGAUAUGAACGGCGUGAGCUACGACCGAGACUCUUGCUGCGGGACUCUAUCCGCAGCCUCUAGCCUGGUACCCGGAGCGCUGAUGAGCGCUGUGCUAUUCUUAGUUGGCUACCAGGUUCUCGUUGCGAAAGUCACCCGAGGGAUCGUACUCCUCUGCUACGGCCCUGAGGAACACGAAAUUCUUCUCGCCAUAACUCCGCAGCGGACUCUGCGACUCGGCCGCAUAGUUCAAAUAGAGAUAUGGAUGGUCACCUCCAACGGACCGUGCAAAGUCGUCCAGUUCUCUCUAAAACGCCUCUCCAACCCAGUCAAACAGGGGAAUAAUGUCGGCAUGAUCACACGUAAGCCAGAGAAGGUUCACUGA